AUGUACAACUUGGCCAAGGUGACUCGCUCUCGCCUCUUCCCCGCCAUUACCCGUAACCAUGGCGCCAUGGCAACUAUGGCUCGUUCUUACAGUGCCGGUGUCAAUGGUCCUGUCAUUGGUAUUGACUUGGGUACUACCAACUCUUGUGUUUCCGUCAUGGAAGGCAAGAAUCCUCGAGUGAUUGAAAACGCUGAAGGUGCUCGUACCACUCCCUCCGUUGUGGCUUUCGGUAAAGACGGUGAAUUGCUCGUCGGUCAAGCUGCGAAGCGUCAGGCUGUAGUCAACUCUCAAAAUACCAUUUACGCUACCAAGCGUCUGAUUGGUCGUCAGUUCAAGGAUUCGGCGGUUCAGGCGGAUUUGAAGGCCGUGUCGUACAAGAUUGUCCCUCACAGCAACGGUGAUGCUUGGGUGGAAGCUCAGGGAAAGAAGUAUUCGCCUUCGCAGAUCGGUGCUUUUGUCUUGGGUAAGAUGAAGGAAACCGCCGAGGGUUUCCUGGGUAAGAAGGUCAAGCAAGCCGUCAUUACGGUUCCCGCUUACUUCAACGAUGCUCAGCGUCAAGCUACCAAGGACGCUGGUAAGAUUGCCGGUCUCGAAGUGUUGCGUGUCAUCAACGAACCUACCGCGGCUGCUCUCGCUUACGGUCUCGACAAGUCCGGUGACAAGACCAUCGCUGUUUACGAUUUGGGUGGUGGUACCUUUGAUAUCUCUGUGCUCGAAAUCCAAAACGGUGUGUUUGAAGUCAAGUCCACCAACGGUGAUACCGCCCUCGGUGGUGAAGAUUUCGAUUCCCAUUUGGUCCGUUACGUGAUUGAAGACUUCAAGAAGGAAUCCGGUUUGGACUUGUCCACCGACCGCAUGGCCAUUCAGCGUAUCCGUGAAGCCUGUGAAAAAGCCAAGAUCGAAUUGUCUUCCACCGUCCAGACAGAUAUCAACUUGCCCUACAUCACUGCCGACGCUUCGGGUCCCAAGCAUAUCAAUAGCAAGCUUACACGUGCCAAGUUUGAAACAAUUGUUGGCGACCUCGUUCAACGCACCGUUCCUCCUUGCGAAAAGGCCAUGAAGGAUGCCGGUAUCUCCAACAAGGACGUUGGUGAUGUGAUUCUUGUCGGUGGUAUGUCCCGUAUGCCCAAGGUCAUUGAGACUGUGAAGAAUGUGUUUGGCAAGGAACCCAGCAAAUCGGUCAACCCCGACGAAGCUGUGGCCAUGGGUGCUGCCAUCCAGGGUGGUGUGUUGGCCGGUUCCGUCACUGACAUCUUGUUGCUCGAUGUCACUCCUUUGUCUCUCGGUAUUGAAACCCUCGGUGGCGUGUUCACUCGUUUGAUCAACCGUAACACCACCAUUCCCACCAAGAAGGCUCAAGUGUUCUCAACUGCUGCCGACGGUCAGACUCAGGUCCAAGUGCGUGUGUUCCAGGGUGAACGUGAAUUGUGCCGUGAUAACAAGCUGUUGGGCGAUUUCAACUUGACGGGUAUUCCUCCUGCUCCCAAGGGUGUUCCUCAGAUUCAGGUUGAAUUCGAUAUUGAUGCUGAUGGUAUCGUCAAUGUCAGUGCCAAGGACAAGGCCACCAACCGUGAUCAAUCCAUGACCAUUGCUGCCUCUUCCGGUUUGAGCAACGAUGAAAUCGAGAACAUGAUUCAGCAAGCUGAAGCCAACGCGGAAGCCGAUCGUGCUCGUCGUGAUACUAUUGAAAUGGCCAACCGCGCCGACUCUGUUAUGAGCGAAACCGAGAAGGCUAUGGAAGAUUUCAAGGAACAGUUGGACAAGGCUGAAGCUGAAAAGCUCAAGGAAAAGAUCACUGCUCUCCGUGGUGAAGCCAUGAAGGCUCAAUCCGGUGAUGCUUCCAUCAACCCUGAAGAAUUGAAGAGCAAGAUUGACGAUCUUCAACAGAGCAGCUUGAAACUCUUUGAAAUGGUCUACAAGAACCGUGCUCAACAAUCCGAAGGUGGCAACCCUGACUCGAACACUAACAACCAACAGUAA